ACAACGAUUGUGACGUGUUUAGUGCUUGCAGAAUACUAGUUUGGUGAAUGAAGAAUCCGCUAUCGAAUUGUAGCACUGCUAUUCUCGAAAAUAUCGUUUCAUUCUGUAGACAAAAGGGCCUCGGUAACCCAAUACAUACUAAAGAGAUGCUUAGAAUAAGAUAACAUUCAUACAGUCUUUAAGUCAUCCAGUGCGGUGGCUUCUUGGUGAAGAAAUGGAAAAACAACCGAGGUUAUUGUCAUCCCAACUCUUUCUAAAAAACAGCGUCUUUGAAGUCUCGUUAAACCGUGUGAUUCUGACAUGGAAAGAAAUUCCGACCAAGAAUAAACGUGUUUCGGGCAACAUACACCACCCGUUCAAAAUCGGCACCAGCCACUCCGUAUCCGUGUCAGAGAUCCUUGCAGUCCAGGAGCUCGACUUGGAGAGCGGGACGAAAGAUGACGGCAGGUGGCAGAAAAUGUCCCAGAAACCGACUGAAGCCUACCCAUAUGCAUUUACAGUGUCCUAUGUGCGGAGAGCACGGAAGCACCGCUGGCGGUGUACUGAUGUCACCUUCUUCUGUCCAGAGUGGGCACUGUGCCAGCAAUGGGUCCAGACCAUAAAAGAGCAGCUGGCAGAAUUGACCAGCAGACCCAAGCAUUUACUGGUGUACAUCAACCCCUACGGCGGAAAGCAGCAGGGCACGUGCAUUUACGAGCAGAAAGUCGCCCCUCUCUUCGCCCGCGCCUCCAUCUCCACGGACGUGAUUGUUACAGAGCAUGCCAAUCAUGCCAGAGACCACCUAAGGACAGUGGCGGAGUUAAAACAAUAUGAUGGAGUGGUGUGUGUGGGUGGGGAUGGUAUGUUCAGCGAGAUAGUUCACGGCCUGGUCUCUCGGACCCAGAAGGACAAUGGUGUGGACCAGAACAGCCCAGAGGAGAAGCUGGUAGCCUGUAGUCUCCGCAUUGGCAUUAUCCCCGCAGGUUCAACAGACUGCAUCUGCUAUGGAACUGUAGGCAUCAACGACCCCGUGACCUCUGCCUUACACAUCAUAGUGGGUGACUCCCAGCCAAUGGACGUGUGCUCCGUCCAUCACAACAAAACAUUCCUGAAGUACUCGGUGUCCCUGCUUGGAUAUGGUUUCUAUGGCGAUGUGUUGGCAGACAGCGAGAGGAAACGGUGGAUGGGACCAGCAAGAUACGACUUCUCAGGUUUUAAGACGUUUCUGACACAUCACUACUAUGAAGGGACCGUGUCUUUUCAACCAGCCACUGACACACUGGGAACACCACGUGACAAGAGCCCCUGUAGAGCUGGGUGCCUGACUUGCCUGCACAACAGACAGCAGUAUUCCGAGGACUCAUCCGACAAGUACAAGACCGAUACAGAUUUUUCCGACAGUGAAAAUGAAGGGGGUUGGCGUGUGAUCCGCGGGAAGUUCCUUGCUAUCAACGCAGCCAGUAUGAGCUGUGCCUGUCCGCGCAGCCCCAAGGGCCUGUCCCCAGCCGCACACCUCGCCGACGGCACCACUGACCUGAUCCUCGUUCGCAAGUGCUCUCGGUUUAACUUCCUGCGCCACCUGAUACGCCACACCAGCAAAGAUGACCAGUUUGACAUGACCUUCGUGGAGGUCCACCGCGUCCGCCGAUUCCGCUUCCUGCCACGGCACUGCCAGAAUGACUCAGAGCAGGACCUGAGGGAGAACGGUAAGCGGCUCUUCGGCCAGAUCUGUCGGGACCACCCGGCCCGCGGCUGCAGCCCCGCCUUCAGCAGCUGGAACUGCGACGGCGAGAUUCUCCCCCACGCCGCAAUCGAAGUUGGAGUGCACUGCCAGUUGAUCAAGCUGUUUGCACGAGGGAUCGAAGAGCCGCCUGUGUUUGAGGACGUCGCCGCCACGUGUGCAAUCUAGGACCCUGUUGGACAUUUGUAGAGUUCCCUAUUGCACGUAAUAGAAUGUUUUCCGUUGAAAAUGGUUUAGUUUAUUCAUGUAUUUUGGAGUAAAAAUGGAACCAAAGGAUGUUUGUUGCUAGCUGCUUUCACUGUUAUUCGAAAUAAGCCCAAUGUGUUUCAUUGGCUUUGCUGUGCCCUGCACUGAAAAAGCAUGAAUCUGAAAUUACAUUUAUGUGGAUGAUUGGAUAUUUGAAGAAAGCAAGUACUUUCUAGGGAGUACCAGACACCAGGCAGCCUUUCAACUUAAUGUAUUAACGGGACAUUGAAACAAACCAUUACCAAUUUGGAUAAAUAUCUUAUGUGGCUUAGUCAACAGAUUCGCAUGAAAGCAACAAUGUAGCAUCUCAACACAGUUUGUGCACUAAACCGUGUGACUCUGUGGCUUAAAAAAAGAUGAAGUUAGGCACAUUACACUAGGCAAUCAUUGCCAUUGCUGCAGUGUCAUCCAGGUUUGUGUCUAGUGAUGUCAUAAUUAGUUAUCUUGAAACAGUGCUGUGCAUUUUUUGCACUCAAAGUGCUCGUGCGUUUAAUAUUGCCCCUUGUUGGACAAAAACUCACUGUGCUGGAAGUCCCCCCCCUCCCCCCAUGCACGGUCAAGCUGGUCUUGCGACUGUAGAAGAGGGAAAUUGUAGAAAUUCAGGGGGCUCAACAUGAACAUGCUGUUUCCCCGAUAUCUGACCAAAACACUAGUCUCAACUGUCAACUGCUGUGAGGCGGCUUGGUUCGUUGUUGUUGUGCAAUGGUUUUGACUAAGAUGUCUGGUAUACUCCUGUUUAUUGACUAUACAGGAGCAGAACUCACACACUGUAUCCCCAGUGUCCAACCGAAAAAUAUUGUGAUGCAACUUGAUUUUGGAAGUACAGAGUUUCAGACUCUCUAAUCUAAGGACUUGUUACUUCUGCUCUGCCACUUGUGUCUUUGCAACAUUGUAGCUGCUGUAAAAAUGACAAAUCAAAAAGCUGAGUAUACUGUAGUACAUUCUUAUAGAAUGUUGCGUUGGAGUGAGGUGGUCUGUUUUUUUACAAGCUGUGUCAAUAAAGCUGGAUCUAGUGUGAAAAGUGAUUUUUCAUGGCGUCCUCUUGAAAAUUAACUGUUCUGUCAGAUUGGGCAUCACAGUUGAGGGACCAAGAGACAUCCGGUCUUGUCAUUUCAAAAUCAACAUCACUCCAGUUCCCGAUCCAUCUGCCUCCCGUGUUUAAAGGGCAGCUUUGUUCAUUGUCUACGCUAGUUUUCCCUCAAAUCUAGUAUCCAAAUAGUCUUACUGUGCCACUGAGAGCAGGGAUACUCAUUAAACAUUCAGUCUGUCUAGCGGUAGUUAAGAGUUUGGACGAGCCCCUUGAGCAAGGGGGAGGGUACUUUGUCAACCUCAUGAAUUGCAAUUAAAAAGGAGGAGCACUGAAUAUGCUAAUUCUGAGUGAUAUUGUAACUUCUUUUUUUACAUGGGUGACAGUCUUUAUCUAUUAGGUCACAAGAGUUGGCACAAGUGUGCUGUGUGAAAUUUGAGUGGUCCCCCUUUUCAAAUCACAGUGCCCUGGAUGUGCACAAGUAUAACAUUGCCAGCCUAUUGAAAUGCAAUCAUCGAUCCGCUAGGGCUCUCACAUAAUAUACAUGCCGUCUGGACAGAUUUGAGAAACCAUAGAGGAACUUUAUUUUCGCCAGGAAACACAUUGACCAGUACCCUCCCCUGUCCUUCCGAAACUAGAACAUCCACUCGUUUGGAGGGAAUCAUGCUUUGCGAACGGUCCACCAGGCAGCAGUCCGACAGAUGGUCCUCAAUCCAUCCAAGAUCCUUCAGCUCAGCAGAACAGAAUGACUACUGUUUAAUCAGCCACUGUGACACCCCCAGCCCACCGGCACUGGGCUCCCCUGCAACUCUUGAACUCCAGCCUCUGCAGUUUUAAGUUCACUCUAACCGAAUCUUACAGUAUCAGCGGGAGGCACUCCUAAUGUUACUUUCUUAAAAGCUGGAGGUGGCCCCCCUCAUUUAUGCCCGUCCAGUUUAUAGUAUAGCGAUGCUGAAAUUUGCUGACUGUAGCAGUGUGUGGCUCCCCUAUGGAGAGGGUGUGUGUAUGAGAGGCCAUUACUCCACCAGAAGCUGUGGGGCCCCAGCCGUCACCCCCGUGGAGUGUGUGUGCGAUGUCAAUACAGCGCUGUGGGAAGUGAAGUGUAAACGCGCCAUGGCGGGGCAGGCCUAAUGAGACUUGGCACUGCGUAGCACAAAUCAACUCUGCCUAGUAAGGUUUCUCAGUGCAAGAGUCUAAUGAACUUAGCAAAUACCAGCCCAACUGGCCCCCGACCCCUCCCUCAUUACGAGGCUCCAAUGAGGAUCCCAAUGUUAAUGUUUUCAUCGAUACAACACCGAACAUGCAGUCAACGAAAAGCACUCUUCAAAAUCUUGCAGGCUUCAAGAUGUUACAAAUAUGUAUGAAUAAUGACGUGGAGGUCUAUUUUUGUUGGAAAUGUGAGAUUAUUAAUAAAUGAAUGAAUAAAAUGUAUUUAAAUCUCAAAA